AUGCCACUAAAAAUUGUGACUUGGAACAUCAAUGGUAUCCGAGCUGUGAGAGAAAAAAGCACAAAAGUACUAUUGGAUUCAUUAAAAGCGGAUAUAAUUUGUUUACAGGAGACUAAAGUCACCCGUGACAUGCUUGACGAACCAGUUGCCAUCGUUGACGGCUAUGAUUCUUAUUUCAGUUUCUCAAGGAAAAGAACAGGCUACUCUGGCACUGCUACCUAUUGUAACGCUAGAGUUUCUCCUCAGAAAGCAGAAGAAGGCCUAACUGGCAGACUUUCUACAAGCCACGAAUGCAUAAUUAAAUGUUACGGCAAUACUUUUGAUUAUACUUCGGCAGACCUUGAAUCCUUGGAUGCGGAAGGUCGCUGUAUUAUCACUCAGCAUCAGAUUAGAUUACCAACCAAUGAAGUUAAAGAUGUGGCACUACUCAAUGUUUAUGUUCCCAGGGCCGGGGAUAAAGAAGAUAGGUUAUGGUACAAAUUAAAAUUUUUAACUCUUCUUCAGAGUCGAGCGGAAGAAUUGCUGAAACAGAACAUUCAUGUGAUCAUUUUGGGAGACUUGAACUUGGCUCAUAGAGACCUUGAUAACUGCGACCCAGAAUGCAAUAGCGAUUGUAAUGUUCGAACAAGUCGAGUUUGGAUGAAUAAGUUUUUACAAGUAUUGGAACGUGACCCAUCCCUUCCAGAAAAUGACGAUAGUUUGACGAAAGUAGCUCUCCCAGAUUUGAAAGGAGGAAUGUUCAGCGACGUUUAUCGCCAACUGCAUGUGGAUCAAGAAAAUGCUUUCACUAACUGGACCUCCAGUACAGAUGCCAGAAAAACAAAUUACGGCCGACGUUUGGACUACAUACUUAUAGACACAGGACUAUCCCCAUAUGUUUGUAGUUCCGAGAUUAUGAUAGAUGUAGAAGGUUCUGACCACUGUCCAGUUAUUGUUACAUUGAACUGUGAUCCUGUGCCUUCUACAGUCUGUCCAUCGCUGUGUUCUAAAUACAUGCCAGAGUUUAAAGGUCAGCAACAGAAAUUAUCAUCAUUCUUUCCAAAAUCGGUCCGACAGAAUACAAAUCAAUCUACAUCAGUGUAUAUACCAUUUUCAGAUGGUAACAAAAAUGUUCCAGAUGUGAAAAGAUCUCAAGCCGUAGGAUCUGUUUCACACUCAUCUAGUUUUCCCUUGUCGCAGUCUGAGCUAAAGAAAAGUGCUGUUCGACAAACAAGUAAACUCCAUGGAAAAAGAAGUGCAGCAGCAAAUGUAAAACACAGCAAAAAACUGAAGAUGCAGCCGGACGAGAUGAUCUCAAAACAAUCCAGUUUGAUGUUCUUUUUCAGAAAAGCUGAUUCGGGUCAGACAAAAUUUCCAGGAAAUAACAGUUGCGGUGAAGUCAGUAGAAACUGUGAACUACGACCUACAUGUAAUGUCACAGGUAUUGGUGCAGGGUAUGAACUGGCACCCACCAACUCUUCUGCCUCUGAAAGCGUUUGUACGUUGUCCUGCAGCGAUUCGGAGGAAAGCAUCCAUCACUCACAAGAGUCAAAUAGUCUGCUAGAAUCACAGAGCAUUUGCCAGUCAGAUCUUUAUUUAUUAGAAGAGUCCAACAAGUUUCAUUUCAAAGCAUCAAACGGUGAAUCCAGCAAAUCUACCACUACUGCAUUGACAGACCUGCGUACCAACUCUGCACAAUGUGUUGACAGCGGCCAAGCCUGGAAGUCACUCCUCUCGGGUCCACCUCCGCCACCUCUGUGCCCUGGCCAUAAAGAGCCGUGUAUAUUAAAGACAGUGAAUAAGAAAGGACCUAACAAGAAUAAGCAGUUCUACGUGUGUGCAAGACCUGAGGGGGCGAAAGGUAAUCCAGAAUACAGGUGUAACUAUUUUGUCUGGUACAAACAUAAAAAAUAA